AUGCUGCGCGAAGAAGAGUGCUACUUUGAAGGCUUAGUUUCACUUAGAUCUGGUACUUUUGUAGGAGAAGAAAAAGAAAGAGAGGAAUCAAAGGUUGUGAGCUGCAUUUCUUCUGCCUCUAUUGUAAACCUUGGACUAACCCUAAUCCUUCAGGGAACACUAGUAGGUCACAGUGACAUGGUCACAGCCAUUGCUUGUCCAACCGACAACCCCAACAUGAUCGUUUCAUCAUCUCGUGACAAGUCGAUCCUUGUUUGGACUCUGAAUAAACAAGAAGGUAACUAUGGAGUUCCUAAACGUCGUCUUACAGGUUAUAAUCAUUUCGUUCAAGAUGUUGCAUUAUCAUCUGAUACUCAGUUUGCAUUAUCUGGUUCAUGGGAUGGUGAACUACGUCUUUGGGAUCUCAACACCGGUGUUACUACACGUAGAUUCGUUGGUCAUACUAAAGAUGUAUUAUCAGUUGCUUUCUCUACUGAUAACAAUCAGAUUGUUUCUACUUCAAGGGAUCGUUCGAUUAAGAUGUGGAACUCUCUGGGUGAAUGUACGUAUACAAUCCAGGAUGGUGUUUCACAUACUGACUGGGUGAGUUGUGUUAGGUUUAGCCCAAAAACAUUUGAACCAAUUAUCGUUUCUGCUUCAUGGGAUAAGCCUGUAAAGGUUUGGAAUUUGAUUAGUUGUACGUUGAACUAUACUUUAGCUGGACAUGGUGGGUAUGUGAACACUGUUGCUGUUUCACCUGAUGGUUCAUUAUGUGCAAGUGGUGGUAAACAUGGUGCUGCGUUGGUGUGGGAUAUGGAUGGCGAGGGUGAGAAAUUGUAUUCACUUGAUGCUGGUGGUAUUAUCCAUGGUUUGUGUUUUUGUCCAACUAGAUACUGGCUUUGUGCUGCUAGGGAGGCAGGAGUUAAGAUUUGGGAUCUUGAGAGUAAGAGUCUCGUUCAGGAUUUGAAAGUCGAACCUGAGCCAGGAAAGAACAAGGCGGUUUACUGCUCAAGCGUGAAUUGGAGUUCGGAUGGAAAUACUCUUUUCGCUGGGUACACAGAUGGCUCCAUUAGAGUUCGGGGUUACUAA